CUUUUGCUGAAGUUCGAAUUCACUCUAAUUCCCUGUUCUCCACGCGUCCUCUUUUAUAGACAUUACAAUCACGCAGUCCUGCGGGCAGGCAUACACGCAAUCACGUGAGAAUUUCGGGCUAGUGAAUUCACUCACAGCGUCUCCAACCUCAAUCACAGCUCACACUGGAAUAUGCUCCGAUAACGAUAACAAAUUCUCGAACGACUAUACACCAAGCGCAGGGUGCGCAUACGACAUGUCGACCGACGCGCCAGUCCCGAAUCUAAGCCACCUUCCCCCAGAAAUGCUCGACUUCACGCUCAGCAAAACCUUCGGCGCGCUGGCUCCACGCCUUGGCCGCUUGACACUUCCCGGACGGAAACCUCUGCUGACCCCGGACUUUCUGGGAAACACAUCUCGAGGCGCGGUACCGCAUAUUUCGCAGGAUAUCUACCGCAGUCGAGCGAAUCUGGGGGGUGUUUAUAUAGCUCUGGAAGACUUUGUUGAGAAACAUCCACAAAAAAUACCUCCAGUACUCCAAUAUGACGUCCCCGAACCCCUACGCCGCUUCAUUGCUCUCCCCGACGCUGCGCUUCUGGUCUUGGGUGCUCGGAGGAUGCCGCCUUUACCCACUCCGAUGUCCAACACGAACUCCGAAGUAGCAUUACAAACGUCGGUUGGUUUCAAGACCAUAAGCUUAGAGUACUACGCCGCAGCUGCGCGGAAACUGCAGCCAGAUAUUGUAAUAGGCCUUGCAGACAUACCCUUCGGCCAGGAGUCCGUCAGCACGAAGAGGAAAGACAAAAUGAGCGACAGGACAGAGGCCUGGAUGCGGGACAUUAUAGCCAAGCGGAACGGGAUAGACAAAGGAGAACGGCGAUUCAAUAUCUUUGCCCCCUUCUUGCCUCUAGACAAGGAUUUACAGCAGUGGUACUUGGAGCACUUGGUCGACGAAAUGGCAGACCACAUCAGCGGCAUCGCCAUCUACGACGCCUACCUCCUCGACGACCUCCCCGAGGAACUGCACAAACUUCCGAGACUAUCCCUCCACCCACCCGCCAGCCCUCAAGAGCUCCUCCGCCAAAUCUCCCUAGGAAUGGAUAUCUUCACCAUCCCCUUCGUCAAUGAAGCCACCGACGCCGGCAUCGCCCUCGACUUCACCUUUCCCGCGCCCGAACCCAGAGAGGACACUAAGACUUCUCGCCGCUCUCUGGGCAUCGACAUGUGGCAGCCCGAGCACGCCACAUCCCUCAUACCCCUCAGCACGGGAACCUCUUGCUCCUGCUACGCCUGCUCUCACCACCACCGCGCAUACCUCCAGCACCUCCUCAAUGCCAAGGAGAUGCUCGGCUGGGUCCUCCUCCAGCUCCACAACCACGCCAUUCUCUCCUCCUUCUUCGCCGGCGUCCGCGCCUCCAUCUCCGCUUCCACCUUCGCUGCCGACGUCGCCGCUUUCGAAGCUUACUACGAGCCCCAGUUACCCGAGAAAACCGGGCAAGGGCCCCGCGUCAGAGGGUACCAGUUCCGCAGCCAGGAUCACGCCAAGGGGGAGAAGAAGAAUCCGAAAGCGUAUAGUAAGGAUCUCGAAGGAAAGGUGAAGACGGUGAAGGUGUUUGCGGCGCAUGGACAGGAACCGAAGGAGAAACCGGAGACGAGGAAUCUGAUUGAUGAUGAGGCGCUGGAGGGUCUUGUGGACCUGGAAAAUCUAAGAUUAGAGGACGGAAAUGGCAAUGGGAAGGGGGAGCUGGAGUUGGAGGAUGAUGAGAAUGGGAGAGCGUCGUCGUCUUCUUCGUGACAUCUUAUGCAAACGCGUUUAGAAAUAGAGUUAGAGGUCAUGAGCGACAGCCACCUGAUAGAUGGUGAGUGGCUGGAAAGCGGUGCAGCUAUCCCACCCAUCACUCUUGGGUAUCAAUUCCCUCUU